UGAUGACGUCACGAGGCAUAGGGCAUGCGCAUUGAGAGGGUGGGAAUCGACCGAGACCGGAGAGAGGCUGCGCUGGAGAGGUUUGGGGCCAGUCAAUAUGGCAGACAUGUCUGUUGAGGACAUACAGGUCCGAGCAAACCAGGUGACGGAUGAGUCCCUGGAGAGUACCAGGAGGAUGCUGCAGCUGGCGGAGGAGAGCAGGGAUGCUGGUGGCAAGACUAUGAUCAUGCUGGAUGAGCAGGGAGAACAAUUGAGGCGCAUUGAUGAAGGGCUGGAUCAGAUCAACCAGGAUAUGAGGGAGGCGGAGAAAAACCUAACUGACCUCACCAAAUGCUGUGGCCUAUGUGUGUGUCCUUGCAGUAGGGUGAAGAACUUUGAAAUGGGGGAUGCAUACAAGAAAGCCUGGGGUAGCGAUGCUGAUGGGAACACGGGCAGAGUAGUCUCCAAUCAGCCAGGCAACAUCCAGAAUCACCACGAGAUGGCCAGGAGGGGUGGUGAAGGAGAAGGCUACAUUACCAGGAUAACCAAUGAUGCUCGAGAGGAUGAAAUGGAAGAAAACCUGCAGCAAGUGGGCAGUAUCAUUGGAAACCUGAAAAAUAUGGCCAUCGACAUGGGCAAUGAAAUCGAUGCCCAGAACAAAAAGAUUGACUCUAUUUCUGGGAAGGCUGAUACUAACAAAGCUCGGAUUGAUGAAGCCAACCAGAGAGCAAACAAACUCAUCCAGAAUUAAUAUGGAGCUGAACUCCAGACUUAGCCUUGAAUGUACAGCUUCACCUACAGUCUGAUUUCUGCAUCCUUUUCCAUGGGAGUCACUGUGCCUUACUAUGCCUUUCUGCAUCUCCCAACAAGCUAAAUCUUUGAAUUAGGGUAGGAUCUGAAUUGGUGCCAAGUGACUCCUGGUAUUUUUUUUAAAUCAGUGUACAGUCUCCAAAGCUGAGCUCUGGAGUCAUUCAGGGCUGUAUCCAAAGUGACUUAUUUCCAGCCCAGUGGCCUCAAGUUUACCUGGCUUUUGGCAGCACUUCAAUCGUUGUACAUGCCCAGCACCUGUUUUUUAUGUCUAUUGAUGGAAUGAUGGGGGGGGGGGGAGGAGAGAGAAGAGACAGAGAAGAGAAGAACUGUAGAGGUUAACACUGGGACCUAUGGGCAGUUCAAAUCAGCAAUAUCUGGGAGACUGAUGUCUUUCUCAGUCCCAGUUUACACACUGCUUCAUCUGAUCUCUCUUCUCUUAAUCACCCUGCCUCCCCCGCCAACUUCAAUACCAACUGGCGUUUGCACUUUCAGACAAAAACUACAUUGGCCAAAGGAAUCCCAGAGAGUAGAAUUGCUGUGGAGGGAUGAGAAAUGAAUAGUUUGGUUGUAUAUGACCUACCAUGGUGCUUUUCCUGCAGGGCAAUGUGUAUUUUAAUUCUGCCCCAAUUUCCUUUCUGGGAAGGAAGAAACAGUGAUAUGAUGAGUCCGCUGGAACUCGGACAUUGAGAGAAUAGUAACUUUUGGUGGGUAAUCGAACAGGAUUUGAACAAGUGCUGCUGCUAGCUAGUGAUUGUAGAAAUGCUGCUUUCUAUCAAACCACCAGGCCCUGGACCUUUCCAUCAAACUCUAAACUCUCCUCAUGGCUUUGGUCUUCCUAUUCACCCUGCUCAUAGAUUUUCCUGUCAAAACUCAAAGUGCAUAGGCCCCACUGACCGACUGUUAAUCUCUCAUGGUCUUUUCACCCCAGCCCCUUCUGGGCCUUGCUGGCAACUGUAAACUGCUGGUUAUUUGGCCUUCCUAUCUGCCUUUGACAUUAGUGUAUGAGUCUGUACUUAGAGCACUGCAGUUGCUGGAUUCUAGCUACCAAUCUACAACCACCUUGACUUCAUGGCUCAUUUGGGGGCUCUGAUUCAGUUAAGUCAAAUCAGUGACCACCAAGAUACCAAAAAGCACUGAAAUCAAAGUGGGAAAUAAGUGAAAUAAUCUGCCAAUGAGGUGGGGAUGAAGGGAGUGUGUGUGUUUGUGUGAAUGCUGCUUGGGCAUCUCUUAUGGAGAGUGCCCUCAGCUUCAUGUCAUCACUUGCUAUCAACUACUUGUGUACAGGAAAGAAAAUGAUGAGCAGUGGUCAAGACUGCACAAACUAUUUCCAGUGCUUUGGGGCUUGCUGUAAUAUAUAUUGCACAUUUAAUCAUUUCUCUAAUAUUGUAAGUAACGUUUUAUAGAAAUAAUGUGAUUACUAACUGCAACCUGACUGCCUGAAAACAUCAAAUUUUUUUUUCUAAAUAAAUCAUCCUCAAGUCAUUGUGACUGAAGUGAAA